AUGUCUGCUAGCUCCGAUGCCGUGCCAUCCUCCCCUGACUUCGGACGUUCCAGCGGGGGGGAGUCGGGUCCGAACAACCAGGGCUUAAAUCUCUCUGAUCCUGAGUCAGAUCCAGCGGGCAGGGACAGCCUUCGUGACAGUUUUGUGGAAGUGUCGAGCGGUAUUCGAGAACACCCUUCCCCCAGUGCAGACAUCGAUGAUGCGCGACUUAGGGCGGGCCUUUGCGCUCGCCUCGACAGGCCAACUCCUGUGCUUCGUCCUGGGCUUCAUCCCCAGCUUCAGCGUCCUGUUCUCCAGAACGUAAAGGACGACUUGGAAACUUCAGCGGCAUCCAGCAGCGAUCCUACAGGCUAUGCAAUCGAUGAGCUGUCUAAGGAGUUGAGGCGCCGUGAGCUCCCUCCGGCGUUGACCUACCCGUGGCAGCGUGGCCCUCUUCAGUGGGUGUUUGGUCAUGCUCCCAAGAGGCCGAAGCUAUCGGUGCCUUCACCUCCUGGGGGAGCAGGAAUUUCCGCUGCAGGGCAAGUCUCCGAAGGGCUUCUGGGUUCGAGGACCGGGGAGUUCGCGAAGAAGAGGAUCUGGCUUACCAGCUUGAUCCAGACACCGGAUCAAGUUAGGUGGGAGGCUUUGAGGAAGUUGCGAACUUUGACUUCUCUCGAUAUGGACGCAACUCGUCUCGGGCGAACAUUGCUGUCUGAGGCGAUGCUUCUGAAGAAUGAGGACAAUUUACGGAAGUCCUUCUCGCACACAUUUCAGGCCAAGGCGACGGGGACCUUGGUUAAAAGGGCUUCUUCGCUUUGGAGGUUUGCCGCCUGGUGCGAGUCCAACGCCAUCUCCUCCCCUCUUCGAGCCUCGGAGCCUGUCAUCUACAGGUACAUGUUGCAUCUGGAGGCUACAGCCAAGCCUACUGUCGGUUCGAGUUUCCUAGAGGCAUGGAACUUCAUUCAUGCGAUGGUGGGCCUCACCGACCCGGGUGCGUACCUGGCUCAGUCUGCCCGGGUACGGGGCGUGUCCGUCGGGAUGUUGCAAUUGAAGGCACCUUUGAGGCAGGCCCAUCCUUUGGCAGUCAAAAUGGUCAAGGCCCUUGAGCAGGUGGUCUUGUUGGCGCCCUACGAGCACUGGAAGGUUAUUGCCGGGCACUUGCUUUUGGUCUUGGGCUCUAGUGCGCGUGAGCGCUUCGGUCUGGGCCUCGAUCCGGCUCUUCCAGCCUGGUCGGAAACUGACGGGGUAUUCCUGAGCCGUCCGAUGAGUACGGGUGAGGCUGGGCUGUACUUGAAAGAAUUUUUGAGCAGCUCAGGGUUUUCUGACCUCGAUCGGAUCGCUUGCCAUUCCUUGAAAUGCACGGUGCUGAGCUGGGUGGCCAAGAACGAUGCUCUGAGUCUGGAGGACCGGAGGCUGCUUGGCCACCACUUGGAUCCUUCAGCUGCUAGCCCCGUCACUUACAGCCGAGACGAGCUGACAAGGCUUAUGCGGAGGGUCUUCCAGGUCCUCAUACUGAUCAG